CCAAUUAUUACUAAAAUUUAAUUUUCACCUCUGUUAUUGUUGAUCGCAAUCAGUUCCCAAAGUGCUGAGUUAAAUUCAUCCUAACUCGGUUUGUUCAUCUCUUUCUCUCGUUUGGUUUUGUAUCUGUGAGCUACAUUCGCACUUGUUUUCGUCCUUCAUCCCUAUCUCUUAUUCUCAACUAUUCUUUCACUCAAGCUCAGCUGCUGCUGCUGCAUCCUCCUCUUCCAGCCAUUCGCAUCGUUUUAAUGGGGAAGAAAGCGAAAGGGUCAAGGAAGGGUAAGAAGGCAUGGAGGGCUAACAUCAGCACCCAAGACAUCGAAGAUUUCUUUGAGAAAUCAACAAAGGACGCUCUCUCUGGUGGCUCUCUCCAUGCUCUUUCCAGCGACUCCCUCUUUUUUGAAGACAAAUCCAAAGAUCUUGCUGUGAAGAAGAAGAUUGAAAAGCACAGGGAAAAAGUGCUCCAUUGUGAUAGCCUGCUACAGAAAAACCGGUUUGUUAUGCCAGUGCCAUCUUCUACUCUGAAGAAGUGUUCUAAAAACCGUAAAGUGGUCUCUAAAAUGAAAGAGUCCAAUCAAGAUGAUCAUAAGGAUGAUUCCAUGUUAGCUUCUGGCAUGUUUGAUCUAUGGGAUGAUAAAGAUGAGGACAACAAGAAGGUCAAUAAGGUAUCAAAGCCUUCUCUUAUUCCAGCAGUGGAGGUUGAUCCUCCAGGAUGCUCAUUCAAUCCCUCAUUUGAAAGUCAUCAGGAUACAUUAGCUUCUGCUGUUGCGGUAGAAAUGCAAAAAAUUUACAAAAAUGAAUUGGGCCCUGAACCAGUGCCAUUAACUGUUCCUGGAGAAGCUAUUGCUGAAGAAGAUAGGUAUUUUCUUGAUGUGGAUGGUGGGAGUGACGAUGAUGAAAGUCAGCUUGAAAAUGAGGGUGAAAAUGAGGAUGCUGAAUCAGAGAAAAGGCCUAUUAGAAUGAAGAGAGUGACUAGAGUUGAGUUGAAUAAGAGAGCUAAACGCAAAGAUCAACUGAGAAAAGAAGCGGAAUCAAAGAAGUUAGAGGAAUUUUCCAAAGAAAUUGAUAGCAUACCAGAAAUUAUUCAGGAAAUUGAGAAAGAAGAUGAGGAAAAGAAGAGAAGACAUCUCAGGCGACAUGUUGCUAAACAAGAAAUGUUAAAGGCACGCCCUCCACGUUUUGGAAAGCACAAGUUUGAGCCUGCUCCUGUUCAAGUUCUAUUAAGUGAAGAGAUAACUGGAUCCAUCCGCAAGCUAAAAGGUUGUUGCACCCUUAUAAAGGAUCGAUAUAAAAGCCUGGAGAAAAGAGGAUUGAUUGUUCCAACAGCCAAAACACGAAGGAAGUAGAGUCCUCUUCGUUGUUGGCUCCCUAACUUAGGUCACUCUAAAAGUCAGGUGAAGGUGUUGAUGUGGCAAGAAGACAAUUAAUGAUGAAAGACCAAGAUAAUAUUUCUGAAAGAAGAUUUUGUUUUUAUCUUAAUUAUCUCACAUCUUCGGUUGCUGUAUGAAAAAAUGUAUCUUAUGUUUU